AUGGCUGCCUGUAUGCUCCUCCUGGGCAUCCUCCUCCUGCUGCUGCCCGCACUCAUUCCAGCCCCCUGCUACACUGCCACGCGCUCCGAGUGCCGGCGAGUCCACCGUUUUGUGCCUGGUGUGGAGCUGGCUGGGGAAGGUGUAGACGUGACCACUCUCCGGCGCUCAGGCUACUUCCCAGUGGACAAGCAACACUUCCUGAGGCCUGACGGCACCUGCACCCUCUGCCGCAGCACCCUGCAUCAGGGCCCCCCCUGGCUUCUGCCCCUAGCAUUCACCGACUGGCACUCCCAGGGCUCUGGCUGCCAGCGCCAGGUGAUCAAGAGCAAUGCCCUCUCCACAGAAGCUGUGGCCAGGGAAAUGGCCAAGAGCAUUACCAAUGACUGGAAGGUUGGGCUGGAUGUGACCCCCACGCCUGAAAGUGAUGUAAAGGUGGCAAUAGCCGGCUCACAUUCCCAAGCGGCCAACUUCGCAGCAGGGAAGACACACCAAGACCAAUACAGCUUCAGCAGGGACUUGGUGGAGUGUCGCUUCUACAGCUUUCACCUGGUACAUACUCCCCCACUACAGCCGGAUUUCAAGCGAGCCCUCAAGGCCCUGCCCCCUCACUUCAAUACCUCCACUGAGCCUGACUACCUCAGGCUCAUCUCCAACUAUGGCACCCAUUUCAUCCGUGCUGUGGAGCUGGGGGGCCGGGUCUCAGCCAUCACUGCCCUGCGUACCUGCCAGCUGGCCCUGGAAGGGCUCAAGGCCAAUGACGUGAGUGACUGCCUGGCCAUCGAGGCCGCAAUCAGAAUAGGAGGCAAAGCAAGCUCCUCGGCGGAAGCCAAGGCCUGUGAAGAGAAGAAACGGCAGCACAAGAUGACAGUCUCCUUCCACCAGACCUACAGGGAACGCUAUUCAGAAGUGGUUGGGGGCCACCACACCUCUAUUCACGACCUGCUGUUCGGGAAUCAGAUGGGGCCUGAGCAGUUCUCCACCUGGGUGGCCUCGCUGCAAAACAAGCCUGGCCUGGUGCACUACACCCUGGAGCCUCUUCAUGUGCUCCUGCGGGGCCGGGACCCACGACGGGAGGCGCUGAGGCGGGCCGUGAGCAAGUACGUGAUGGACAGGGCGCGGUGGAAAAACUGUAGCCGGCCCUGUCCACCGGGACAGUGGAAGAACCCCCGUGACCCGUGCCAGUGUGUGUGCCAUGACUCAGCAGUCACCAACCAGGACUGCUGUCCCCGGCAGAGGGGUCUGGCCCGGCUGGUGGUUAUAAACUUCCAGGCAACAGGUUUGUGGGGAGACUUUAUCACUGCCACAGACGCCUACCUCAAGGUUUUCUUUGGUGGCCGGGAGCAGAGGACAAGCACCAUUUGGAACAACAACAACCCCAGGUGGAUGAUCCAGCUGGAUUUUGGGGAUGUGCUUCUCACCACAGGGGGACCACUGAGGGUGCAGGUCUGGGAUGCAGAUUCGGGCUGGGAUGAUGACCUUCUUGGCACCUGUGACAGGUCUGUAUACUCUGGCACGCACAAAGUGGAAUGUAGCCUGUCCCAUGGUCAACUGAAAUUCCACUAUUUUGCCAAGUGCUUGCCCCACCUGGCAGGGAAUAUGUGCCUGGAGUAUGCCCCACAAGGGCUUCUGGGAGAGCCUCCAGGAAACCGGAGUGGGGCAGUGUGGUGA